AUGAGUUUCCUUGAUGUUCCGCAGGGCCGUGCCCUCGCGAUUUUACUGCCGUCUGUGACGCUUAUGGCUCAUGCUGCCACCUUUGUCGUGCUCGAAGCCGUCUUCGCUGAAUCCUGGUGUUCUUCAUGGGUAGCCACAUAUGACCUCGUUGCUGCUGCCGCGAGUGUCGUCGGGUUGCUGGGUGCUGUCCAUUUGCGACACGGAGACAACUUUGAAAGAGGCAUGUGCCAAGACCUUGACGAUGGUUUUGGAUGGGAUGAACGGUGGCUUAACGACUGCGCGUCGAGUUUCGACACCCUAAAUAGAGGUGCCAUGUGGGUUGGUGUGGUUAUGAUGUCUGCCCAAUGGCUGGUCCUCAUUAGUCUUGGGCGUUGGCUGCGAGAAAAGCCUGCCAACUCAUACAUGGUCUUUGACGUGGAAAAGAGACGAGAGAAGGACAUUGAUCAAGACUACAAAGAAUAG